AUGCAGGCUUUAAGGGUUUUCAUUACUGCGGCUCUCUCAGCUCAAGUAAUCCAGUUUGGAGACAGCAAGGAAACUCUUAAAAACUACGCCUGCGAAGGAGAAAACUGUGAUAAGGAUUCAAGCCAGGAGAAGCUGAAUGUUCCUCUCUACACCUUUAAAGUUUUAAAUCACCUUAAUUCGGAGAAAAGGAAAAACAACCCUCCUUUGGUUCUCCCCCUCUUUCCUUUGACACCAGGUAACAAAGUGAACAGGCAGUGCUGUCAAAAUGGAGGAACUUGCUUCCUGGGAACUUUUUGCAUAUGCCCCAAACACUUCACUGGGAGACACUGUGAAUAUGAUACAAGGAUCAGGAGUUGUGGCACCAUCAAGCAUGAGGAGUGGAUUCAAGAAGGAUGUCAUUUGUGUCAGUGCUUCUAUGGGACUCUGAAAUGCUCUGCUCAAGCUCUCAAACAUGGAUGCGAUUCUGCUGUUGCCAGAUGA